AUGGGCGCCACCGCAGACUCCAAGGCUGGCACGGCCGACCAAGCCCACGACGAGUCGUCGAAGCUCAAAACGUUUCUCUCUAUUCUCCGCAAGUUUGUUGGUGUCGCAGACAUAGCUUCCGUGCGAUUCUCGCUCCCCGCGCAGCUUCUGGAACCUACUCCAAAUCUUGAAUACUGGAAUUACUUGGACCGACCCGAGACUUUUGCUAGCAUCGGCACAUCGGACGACGAGCUCGGUCGUAUGCUGGAGGUUCUGCGUUUUUGGUUCACAAAAGACUUAAAAUACGUCAAAGGCAAGCCAUGCAAACCAUAUAACUCGACAUUGGGUGAAUUCUUCCGGGCGUAUUGGGAAGUCGACGGCACUAAACCGAUAAAUGGCCUUGCAAAUGGCGACACGAACGGGGCUGCAAUUAUAUCCAAUAACAAUGAAAACCCCGUCAAAGUCUGCUAUCUUACCGAACAAACAUCUCAUCAUCCCCCAGUAUCUGCAUUCUACAUUGACUGCCCAGAGCGAGGUGUCUCAGCCAGAGGAUUCGACCAGAUUAGUGCCAAAUUUACCGGCACAAGCAUUCGCGUCGGCCCCGGCCAGCACAAUCUCGGCAUCUUUGUGACUCUGGAAAACCGUGACAACGAGGAAUACCAACUCACGCAUCCUUCUGCUCACCUAGGAGGCUUGCUACGGGGCUCACUAUCUAUUACAGUGGCGGACAGCUGUUAUAUCACUUGCACAAAGACUCGCACCAAGGUCAUCCUUCAAUAUUUGGAGGAGGGCUGGGUUGGCCGGUCUCAGCAUCGUGUCGAGGGAGUCAUAUUCCGAUACGACCCCGCAAACGAUAACAAAGUCCGAAUCAAAGACAUCCCCCAAAGUGAUGUGCUGGCUCGCAUCAACGGCUGCUGGCGUGAACAAAUCUACUACACACUUGCUGGCUCGUCCGAGCAACACUUACUCAUCGACCUCAUCCCGCUAUUCCCCGCUGACAAAAUUGUGCCCCCUGACAACCUCCAACUGCCCAACGAAUCUCGAAAAUUCUGGUCCCAGGUGACCUCCUCCAUCAUUGACAAACAGUACGGCCAGGCAACGAAAUACAAGCAGGAAAUCGAGGAGCGACAGCGUGAAAAAGCGGCGGAAAGAAAAGCCCAGAACGAGGAAUGGCAACCCCGCUUCUUCACCAGCGCCGUCACGCCCCUUGGGAAACCUGAUCUUACGGAUGAUGGGAGAAAGACACUUGAGGCUCUCCACAAAGGCGAUUUUCAUUUAGAGGAAAGCUCGAGUACUGGAGCGUAG